UGUCUCUUCACAGCACCCCUCAAUUUCUCCCGCAACGUCUCUCGAGUCCCCUUCUCCUAUCGAUAUAUACAUUUCAUCAGCAAGCCCAAGUACUAAUAACACCGAAGUUCCAUGGCAUCUCUGGGCUCGACAGAACAUCUGCCUCUAUGAUCAUGAGCGACAAUGCCGUCUCCGCCUCGGCUAAAGGAGCCUCCUUCCUCAUCCUCCUCCAGAUCGGCUCCCGCGCUCUCACUUUCGCCUUGAAUCAAAUCCUCCUCCGUUUCCUGUCUCCAGAGCUUUUGGGCGUCAAUGUACAGCUAGAGUUAUAUUGUAUCUCCGUCCUCUACUUUUCUCGCGAAAGCAUUCGUGUGGCUUUGCAAAGACGAGCAGAUGGCACUCAAGCUGUUAUUAAUAUGUCCUAUCUCGCCAUUGCUUGCGGAAUACCCAUCAGCUAUGCACUCGCAGAACUCUACCUCCAGACUGAGGUACCUAAAGUGCCGUUUUUGGUGCACAGUUUACGGGUCUAUGGAGUUGCUGCUAUGGUGGAAUUGUUUGCUGAGCCGAGCUUUGUGGCAGCGCAGCAGAAGAUGCUGUAUAAAGUGAGAGCGACUGCUGAAGCUGUUGCCACAGUGAUGAAGACGUUUGUUACUGUUGGAAUGGUGGUUUGGGCAAGUCGACAGCAUACAGAUCUCGGUGUGUUGCCUUUUGCGGUCGGGCAGUUGGCCUAUGCUGGGUCACUGUUUGUGGUGUACACUGCGAGACUUGUCCUUGUAGCAAAGUCCGAGGGGUUCUCGUUACUUCUUCGCAGUAUCAAGAGUAAAACCGAAAAGUUCCUGUUCUCGCUGUUCUCGCAACCAUUACUCAAUCUCUCAUUGAGUCUGACCAUUCAAUCCAGCAUCAAAUACGUGCUCACUCAAGGAGAUUCUCUUCUCAUCGCCUCUCUGGCUUCUCUCCAAGACCAAGGAGCCUACGCACUUUCCUCAAACUACGGUGGUUUAAUCGCCCGCAUGCUCUUCCAACCCAUCGAAGAAGCCUCACGAAACCUCUUUGCCAAACUCUGCGCUCCCACUGCCACUAAGCCCCCAAGUCCGAAACAGCAACAAGACUCCAUCACUGGCAUAAAACAAGCAAAUGCAACACUCACUUUGAUCUUGAAAGCAUACUCCCUCAUCUCCCUGAUUGCUUUUGCCGCCGGUCCCACAGUAGCGCCCGUCCUUCUCUCUCUGGUUGCAGGAAGUCGUUGGGCACAUACCGGGGCUGGAGAAGUGUUGGCCUGUUAUUGCUACUACAUCCCUCUUCUCGCAUUGAACGGCGUCUCUGAAGCCUUUGUGGCCGCUGUAGCGGAUAACAAACAACUCUACACUCAAUCCAUCUGGAUGGGCGGUUUCUUUGCCGCAUUCGCCGGCUCUGCGUAUUUGUUCCUCAGGGUCUUGGAAAUGGGGGCAAAAGGAUUGGUAUGGGCUAAUUGCGUGAAUAUGGGGUGUAGAAUUUUGUUUAAUUUGGCCUUUGUAAAAGAAUUCUUUGCAAAGAGGGGAGAGGCUUUCGAGGUCACAAAGAUCUUGCCUUCGGGUUUCAGUAUUGCGAUUGCUGCUGUGGUACCUAGUAUCUUUAAAGCCACUACUGGAGUCCUAUCACGAUAUGGUGUAAUCGGUGAGCUUGCUAGGAUUGCUGCUAUAAGUGGUGUAUUUGUCAUCGCAUUAGCGAUAGCAGAGCGUCGCUUUAUCAUGCACGUAUAUAGACAAAUCAGACCAUAAAAAGGUAUAUAUAGAGACAUGAUGGGCUGGGAAUCAUGCUUUUAUUUUGGGAAAGGCUAACUCACCUGAUUGAAUGCACAAUCAUCUUACACACCCUUGGUGCCCUUGAAAAAAUGCACG